AUUUUACUUUUCUAGCGAAACUCUGCGGUCUCUCCGUUGGAAGCAUAAAUUCAAUUCACUAAGUGCAGCAUGAAGACCACCCGCCAAGUGCUCGGCUAAAUUCCUGUCAGAAAAGCAUGGGCAAGAGACGAGGAAGCGGAAGACCCACCAAUCCGACAGCGUCGCGCGGCGGUUCGAUCACGCUGAGACAAGAGACCACCGGUCUGAAGCAACCCGGCAAUACCGGGGCUCCCGCUAACCCCAAGUCCAUCUUGAAGCUCCAGCACCUGCGGAAGUUAGCGGAAUGGACCGGCCGAGAAGCUCCGGUUCCCUCGCUGAGCGCCUUCUUCGGGCGCCGUUUGGCCUCUGUUGGGGAGUCCCUGGGGGCUCCGCCCGACCCUUCUCUUGUUUCUUGCCAAAGAUGCGAAACUGUUUUACAACCUGGCUACAAUUGCACCAUUCGGAUUGAGAAGAAUAGAGCAAAAACAUGGCGCCGGCACAGGAAACCCGUCACUUCAACUCAGAACAAUGUUGCAUACAUGUGCCAAUUUUGUUCACAUAGGAAUCUGAAACGAGGUACUGCCAAAGGCCACAUGAAAGAGUUAUAUCCCAUGAAAGCCAGAUCAAUUUCCCAACCAAAACCUGCAAAAUUUGUGCCUCCGGUGUCUUACGGCCAAGCCAUGGGAAGUGGACGUGGGGAUGAGACCAAGGAAGCAAGCCAGAUGAGUUCACCUGCAGUUAAGGUUGAGACGCUUGAGAAAGUCAGUCCUUCAACUCCAUUGACGAAGACUUUGCUUGAUGGGAAGAGGCAAAAGAGGAAUAGAUCAGGGGCCAAGAGGCCUACUCAACCUGAAAGUGCAGAUGCAGAAGCAACUGCCGGUGCUUCCAGCAAAAGGAGGAGAAAAUCUUGGACGAGCUUAAAGGAAAUAGCCGAGAGCAGCGAACAUAGUAGAAAUAUCGCUAGUUUAAAGAUUCCCUUUUGUAUAUGAACAGGGGUUGUAUUAUGAUUGCUUGAUUAUUUUUGGAAGAUGAUAUUGUUGGAA